AUGAGUCGUUUUCGUGAGGUUCCAACUCUAUUUUCGCGUUUGUCAAAGAUACGUAGAGCUGAAGAUAUGGCUAAACACGUUUCAAAGAAGAAGAAAAGGCAACGAAAACUGGUUCUACAAGAGGAGUCAUCUACAGAAGAGUUUGAUGAUGAAGAAGAUAAAUUUCCUAAUCAUAUGUUGAUAAGGAUGAAACAAUUCAAGAUUCUCAAUAAGAAAUCAAAUUCUAUUCUUCAAUCUCAAGUAGAUUUGGGGAGUAGUUUGUCUGUGUCUAUUAUGGAAGUUGAUGAUUUAUUAAAAACAUUCGAAGCAAAGGUGGCGAGUAAAUUUUCUAGAAUGGUUCGAGACUCAGAGAUGCUUAGAGGGGAGGUGAAGGAAUUCAAGAAUUUGGUAAAGGAUGUCAAGAAAGUUAGGGAGGAUGUGAAUUUGAAAAUUCAGGAGCUUCGUCAGGAUAUGCAAAAGGACAAUACUAUUGUGAAAGAAAGUUAG